AGAUUCAAUGCGUGCAGACAGGUUAAAAACUGAUCUCCUCUGUAGUAUAUAAACGACAGUCGGAACGGCUAACAGGAUCAAAGUCUCCUGUUAGCAUCAACGAAAACAAUCAAAUCCAACAUUCCAACAUAAUCAAAAUGUUCGCCAAACUGUUCAUCGUUGCCCUCGCCAUCGCCGCUGUGGCCGCUCGUCCAGGAGUCCCAAUUGCCGCUACCUAUGCCUCCCCGUACGUAAGUGCUAUCGGUGCCCCAGCAGUGGUCGCCACCCGCAGCACAUACCAUGGAAUUGGUGCCCCAGCUAUCGCCUACUCGAACUAUGCUGCCCCAGCUGCCGUGUCCGCCUACUCAUCUCCACUGGCAACUUACUCCCAUGGACUUCCAGCUGUGAGCACUUAUUCCGCCGGAGUUCCAGUGGCGUACUCUUCCCUCGGAGUGUCCCCUUACACCGUCUACUAAUGGUUGGAUUACUAAGCUGGAUCAGGAUUGUGGUUAUAGAAAAAAUGCUUUUUGUCUGGCGAACUGUGAAAUAACAAACUUCUGGAAAUACAAACAAUCAUGACAAAAAUAUAAAGUCUGAA